AUUAAAUUGGUGACACAAUCUUGGCAGCACUGUAGCAAUUGAAAAGUCACUAGUGUCAGUGUCGUUUGUCAAAUUUCCCGGAACGAUGAAAAUAUUGCGGAAAAUAGCCUGUGGAGUGAUAUUAAUUAUUAUUUUUCUCAGUAAUAUUGCACUAGUAACAGCUGCAAAACAGAGAUAUGUAACAUGUGGCUCUGUAGUGAAAUUAAUGAACACAGAUCAUAAAGUACGGCUACAUUCCCACGAUGUGAAAUACGGCACUGGUAGUGGCCAGCAAUCGGUCACCGCAACUGAAGUCCAAGAAGACAUCAAUAGUCACUGGGUAAUUAAAGCCGAGUCGGGUAAAGUAUGUCCCAGAGGGGAGCCAAUUAAAUGCGGCUCAACAAUUAGACUGGAGCAUUUAGAAACAAAAAAGAAUUUACAUUCUCAUCAUUUCUCUAGUCCUUUGAGUGGCUACCAGGAAAUUAGUUGUUAUGGGGAUAACGGCGAGGGGGAUACUGGGGAUCAUUGGGUCGUCAUCUGUUCUGGUGAUAAUUGGCAAAGAGAUGACAGUGUCAUGCUUAAACAUGUAGACACUGAUAUGUAUUUAUCAGCGUCUGGGAAGACAUUUGGGCGGCCCAUUAAUGGUCAAAUGGAAGUUGUGGGGGUUAGGUCAUCCACAGGGGCAGUUCAUUGGCAAACUAUGGAAGGUGUGUUCCUACAUGCUCCUGAUCUUGCAGCAAAACAUAUGCACAUGGCACACACAGAACUAUAAUCUUCUUAGGUACUUAGCUUUAAUUUAUUUUUAAUUUUGUAAAGUUGUUUAAAUUUCUAUUGUGAUAUUUGUGACAGGAAUAGAAGACAAAACUUCAUUGUUGUACAUA